AUGUGCGUGGGUCUCAUCGCUACCUUACACUUACUAGCGUCUUAUCUGCCUUCCAGCAAUCCCAAUAGAAGCGGCAGAGAAGCGACAGAUUCUGAGACAGAUUCAGACGAUGAAUAUGCGGCGUUGAGCGAGGUUGGCGCUCCUGAACCAGUCGACAGAGGACAGCUCCCGCACGACGACUCAGAGCUCCAUCUCGAACAGGCACUUGCACGUAGCGGCUCCGAUAUUUUGAGCCAUUUGAUCCCCUCCACCGCCGAGCAAGCCUGGAAGACCAUCUCUCUGCACUACGGACGCAUCAUCAUCAGAGCCACUAAUGCUCAGGACCGAGACAACGCACCAUUGGAACCGGAGCGCUGCAAAUCGUGGUCGGUUCCAAGUUCCGCCUCACCGUCCGGCCCGUCUGUUCCGGACGAAUCAAAUAUGGAAAUCACGUUUAUGAUGGCGCACUGCCCAAAGAAUGUGAGCUCUGCUGGGAGCAGCUGGGCCCCGAAUCCGCAUACCGUACUCUACCGUGCCAACAUAUUUUUCAUCUACCUUGUAUCGAUUGUUGGCUUUAUACAGCAGAUGCGAGCUGCCCUCUGUGCCGUCGUCAAUUCUAUGAAUAUCGACGCCCGAGAAAGGCCCGCACGGUACGAUCGAACCCCUCUGCAGGCGAAGUAUCCCAUCGAUGCCAUGUGUCCCUCGGAGGAAUAA